AUGCCGCUUUGCCAGACCUGUGACUCUCUUGACUUUGAGCAAGACGAUCUUAGGGAUACUGGUAUCAAAUUAGGGCCGUUCAAAGACCUGCUUACGAGAGCCGAAAAUGGCUGCGACGCAUGCCAAUUCUUCUGCAACGUGUUGCAGACGUCUACUCGAUGGACAACGAGACUCGACGAGCUUGUCGAGCGAGUGAUCUUUCUUGGCGGUUCCCGCUUGGACGCAAGGAAGCCGACGAAGCUUGGUAACUGCACCUAUUGUGCGGACGACUUGUGUCUGGACCAGUGCGUUUCAGAGGAUUAUGAGGGCCCACUAGACGAGGAGGUUGAUCGUGUUCGUCGCAUCCCCGUCGACCUAAGGGACGAGAAAUGCUUUAGUCUAGUUCAAGCUUGGACUGCUGAAUGUGCGGCCCAUAGUGCCUGUUCCAAGCCCUUGCCUGUUAAACUGCCGGAGAAUAUCAUUGAGAUCCCAGCAGAUCCUGCAGUUUCUCCCAGGCUGUGUUCGUCGAAUGGUAGAUCAGGGUCUUACGUGAUUUUGAGCUACUGCUCCGGGGAUUUCGAGUCUUCAAUUCAACGAGAGUCGGGUAAGGCCGUCUUCUCGGCGCCACUGCCAAAGACUUUGGCAGACGCGAUAGAAAUCGCACGCAAGCUAGGGUAUCAAUAUCUGUGGACCCGAACCCUUUGCACUUCCAGGGAGGAAUGGGGCAGCGAUCCGGCUCGAAUUGCAGAAAUAUACAGUCGAGCGGCUUUGAUCCUUUUAGCGGAAGUUGCGGACGACGCACUCUCAGGGAUUUUCCAUGACAGGCGGGUAUUCUACUCUCCUGCACUAGGUCGCAACAAAGACAAAUACCUUCGGCAGCGGCUCCUGCGAUGGACAUCCGACAUUGAGGAGUCACUGCUGGCGGGACGGGGGUGGGAGAUUGGAGUCGUGCAGCCGUACAUCGACAGGCCUUUCCAAGGUCAAACAAAGGAAGCCGGUGACAUUGGGGAUGUGGUGGCCAUCAGCAAGCGAGUGGCACGACUCGAGGCCUGGCAUCGGUGUGUAGACGCCUUUUCAAAUGGAUCAGUCAAUGUGCCAUCCGACAAGCUACUUGCCAUGGCUCCCCUCGCAGCUGUCAUUAAUGACGGCACGUUGGGGGAGUAUCUCACGGGAAUUUGGAGCAGUGUUAUCGCCUUCGGGCUUGGUUGGUCACGGCCUCAUGGUGUCUUACGUCCAGCACCUGAGUACAGAGCUCCAAGCUGGAGUUGGGCCAGCGUAGACGGUAUAGUGAGCUCUCAUGGUCUGGCGUGGCCCCAGGAUCUGAUGCAGGAACAUGCUAAGGAUCCCUCCUGGCUGAAGAAAUAUCAGCCGAGACUGGUAUCUCACCACAUUACUCUUGCCGAUCCCCAAAGCCCGUAUGGCCAUGUCGUGGACGGCUCACACAUCUUCGUGGAAGGCUCUUGCAUUGGACUUAAAACACUUACCCGAAACUUACGCGACAAAGAAGCGUUUGGCUUGACUUUGGUCCUAGAUCAGUCACAGAUAUUCGAUUGUUCAUGCUGCGUUCCCAGGUCCGCAGAUACCCAAAAGGCAGAUCAGGACAAGCUCGGCAGCGAAAUCGAGCACUAUUUCUGUAUGGUUAUACAAGGGGACGCAUGGCGGGUAGAAGAAGGCUGGAAUCCCCAUCGUGGAUUUUGCGAUCUUCUCAUUCUAAAACCUUUGGACGACGCGGAGGUUCUCGUGAGAGUAGGAACCCUGUGGAUUACUGUUGGAUCAUCGACUGAUCCACAUACGGCCUUUGAUGCGCUGCCCUGGGAAAGACGGAAGUUGAAACUGGUCUGA